AUGACAAAAGACAACAACUUGCUGGGCAAGCUUGAGCUGACUGGCAUCCGUCCAGCUCCAAGGGGUGUACCUCAACUUGAAGUAAAAUUUGAUAUUGAUGCCAAUGGCCUCCUUAAUGUGUCUGCUGUGGACAAGAGUACUGGCAAGGAGAACAAGAUCACAAUUACCAAUGACAAAGGUAGGCAGUGCAUAGUCCAGGUCGCAAGCAAGAAAGACAUUGAACGCAUGGUCCAGGAAGCAGAGAAAUACAAAGCAGAAGAUAAGAAACAGCUUGAUAAGGUGUCUUCCAAGAAUUCUCUAGAAUCCUAUGCUUUCAAUAUGAAGGCCACUGUUGAAGAUGAGAAGCUCCAGGGCAAGAUCAGUGAUGAGGACAAACAGAAAAUCCUGGACAAAUGCAAUGAAAUUAUCAACUGGGUGGAUAACAAUCAGGCUGCUGAGAGAGAAGAGUUUGAACAUCAACAGAAGGAGCUGGCGAAGGUCUGCAACCCCAUCAUCACCAAGCUGUAGCAGAGUGCAGGAGGGAUGCCUGGUGGCAUGCCUG